GACAUUCUUAUGCAAACCCUCUGAGAGAAGCAGAACUCCUCUUAGUGAACAGACCAGGCUGUUAAGGUGAAACACCCGUGGAUUGUCACACUGAGGGAGCCAGUUUUUCUGCCUGUAUCAAAAUACUGGAGACCUUUGGGAUAUCCAGCGUAGGAAGUCACAUUUGACGUUACUCAUGGAAAAAUUUGAGAAGGGUAGCGGAGACAGAGAGGAUGAUCCUGCUCAAAGUCAACCCUUCAAAAUCCCAAGAGAAGAAAUUCCUGAAGGAUUACAACAGGAAAGGAAAGCAGCAUUUGAGAAACUAGCAAGUCAAGGAAAUGCAUUGUGUACUCCAGGACCCAGUACCUCUCAUGAAACUGUUCAUCCUAAGCCUCCUCUGGCAGUCAAGCCUUCAACUGAUGACAAAAGAGAGCAUGAUCCAAAGCCAUCACAUUUGAACCCAGUGGCACAAAGGUUUGGUGUUCAUCUUCAGCCAACUAACAGAGAAAAUUAUGGAAAAACUGAAUGCACUAAAUUCCCCAUCAAAACCUGUGACUCGGCAAAAGGGGACCCAAAGCCUCUAUGUCCAAAACCUGCAAGGAACAAGUUCCCCAGCUCUGCUCCUCCUGAUAAAGAAGAAAAUACUCUGGGAGAAAAACCAAAUUCAGAUUUGGCAUCACAGAAGAGUGAGGCAAAACCAGCAUUUCCAAAAGUAACUGGAAUUAAGAAAAAGCUAAUGUCUGCAGCACAGGAAAAUGUACCCAAGCCUUCUCUCUUUAAAAAACCUUCUUUUAACAUUGAGGUCUCUAACAAUACAGACACUUCUAAUAAAUGUGGUUCUCUUCAAAGUAGUCUGUCAGGCCCUAGAACAAAUACACACUCACUUAAGAAAGUAAAGGAAAUGAGUGAAAAUAACUCAGCUGCAGAAGCUGCAGACAGUCAUCUUCCUAAAAUAUCUCUGAAGCCUGCUGGCCACUCACAGAGCUUAUUUCAAGGCACCUCGAAAAACGUGGAGGAAGAGACUGAAGAAAAGGGAAUGAGUGUUACCAAGACCACCAUUGCCAAGAAAGUCAACCAGGAAGGAUCAGAUUCUUCUAAGUUUCAUAAAAUCAAUACAGCACUUGGUACAGAAAGGUCAUCAGAUGAAUCACGAGAGAAAGAGGAUGGGGACAGGAGUUCAAGAUGCCCCAAGCGAAGGGUUUGGGGCCCAGUGGUCAAGAUGGCCCCAAACCCACCAAAGCCCAACAGACCCCCACAUGUGGAACUACGAGGAUACCAGAAGAGCGCCCCAAAAAAGACAGCUAAAGGUUUGAAACUCACAGCACCUUCCUCAGCAGCAUCUGCCCCACAGUUACCACCUCCUCCACCAAUCUCUUACCCAGCCCUGCAGGUUAAGGCAGCUCCCAGUCUGCCUCCCAGAAACAUCAAGCCCAGCUCUGAAACAAGAAAUCCAGAAAAUGAAGAAAAUUAUGAUGACGUGGAAUUUGUUUCGCAGGGUCAUGGAAGUACACAGGGGGGCCAAAAAAGUGAUGUAGAGAUGUAUGAAGAUAUAAAUGACAUCAGAUCAUCAAGGGAAAAAGAGAAGAAGCAGAACAAAGAAGAUAAGAGAAGAAUGGAACAAGAGAAAAAAGAACAAAAGGAAAAAGAAAAGAAAGAACUGGAAUUAAGGAAGAAGUUCAAAUUAAUGAGACCCAUUGAAGUUAUUCAUCAGGCACGAGCUUGUGUUGACUACAAAGGGGGGAAGAAUGAACUGACUGUCAAAGAGGGGGAUAAGAUUGAAAUCAUUCGCCUCACAGACAACCCAGAAGGAAAGUGGCUGGGCAGGAUAGGAGAAUGCUAUGGAUACAUUAAAACAACCAUGGUAGAGAUUGAUUAUGACUCUUUAAAAAGAAAGCAACGAGCACCUACUGGAGUCAAUGUGGAAUUUUCAGAGUGUGACAUGGAAGUGUAUGAUGAUGUUGGAGAGCAGGAGAGCUUGAUGAGCCUAGGUUCUGACAAUAGUGGAACUGGAAAUGUGUUCCCACCUCUUCCUCCUUCUAAUCAAGAUAUUUACGAUGAAAUUGAUGAUGGAGAUCCCAUAGCAAGGUCUGUAUCACAGGAUGAAGAUAAGAAUGGUAUCUGGUCCUGGGGAAUCUUGAAGAGGCUAAAGGUCAAAGAUGACAAAAAGAAAAGUAUACGAGAAAAAACAACCAAAGUCAAUGAGGCAGAAGAUAAUGGAAAUUUAUUCACAUCUUCUUCAACAAAGCUGCCUGGAAAAGAUUGUGGAGAGGAUGUGUAUGAUGAUGUGGAUUCUUCGGACUUCCCUCCACCGCCGCUUGAUGAUACUUCAUCAAAAGUAGCAAGCUUUGGAAAAAGGAAAUCGGAUGAAAAAGAUGUACAAAAGCAUGAACAGAUGGAAAGAAAAGAGAAAGAAUUCCGGAAAAAAUUCAAAUUUGUAGGUAAAAUAAAAGUUCUUUUUUCUACUACUGCGGUUCAGAAUUUGCCUAAAAAAAGAUGGGGAUCUAAAGAAUUACAUAUUAAACCGGGAGAGUCUCUUGAUAUUAUAGAAAGUACGGAUGACACCAAGGUCCUGUGCCGCAAUGAAAAAGGAGAAUAUGGCUAUGUCUUGAGAAGCAAUUUAGUUCAAAACGAAGGAGAGAUUUAUGACAGUGUUGCUGAGGACAUCUAUGAUAAUGACUCAGAUGCAUGAUUCUGUUCAACUAAUGACUUAAAUGAAGAUCACCUCUAGUUUGGACUCCUACUUGUGGAAGCUCAAUUACAAAUUAAUUGGUUACACACCUGUAAAUGAAGAAUUAACUUUUCUUAGGAGUUCAGCCUUUUGUCCUCCAUUGCUUUAAAAUACAUUACAUUGCUAUUUAUCUGAGCCAUUAAAAUUCCCUUUAUUGAUGUUUUAAAUACAAUCAAAUACAAUUCGAAUACAUCUCAGAGGAGGGAUAUGGGGAUAUUAAAAAAAAA